CGCCGAAGAGCGCAGGUAUGAGCGAGAGCUGCAGUAGCGCGCUGCUCCCGGCAUGCUGCGCGCUCGGUGGUGAAGGGCUGGAUUGAAGAUGGGCGAUUAUGAAGAGCAGGUGUCCGACAGGGAGAAGGUGCAAAUUGCCACCAAUUUCAUCACUCAUGCACCACCAGGAGAGUUCAAUGAAGUAUUUAAUGAUGUACGUGUGCUAAUGAAUAAUGACAGCCUUCUCAAGGAAGCAACUGCAAAUGCCUUUGCCCAGUAUAACAUGGACCAGUUCACUCCUCUGAAACUGGAAGGCUAUGAGGAGCAGGUCCUGAUUACAGAGCAUGGCGAUCUGGGUAAUGGAAGAUUUGCAGACCCAAAGAAUCAAAUCUCCUUCAAAUAUGAUCACAUGAGGAAAGAAAGCAGUGAUAUCCAGCCCAUGGCAGGCGAGGCUGCAAUGGAAUCAUGGCGGAGUGCCUGUGACACCGCUGUGCGCGCAUACAUGAAAAACCACUAUCCCUGCGGCAUCUGCACUAUAUAUGGUAAGACGCUUAAUGGCCAGCAGACUAUUAUAGCUUGCAUUGAAAACCAUCAGUUUCAGCCAAAUAAUUUUUGGAAUGGACGUUGGCGAUCAGAGUGGAAGUUCACAAUUACUCCUCCAUCAGCUCAGCUUACUGGAGUUCUGAAGAUUCAGGUUCAUUAUUAUGAAGAUGGUAAUGUUCAACUGAUGAGUCAUAAAGACAUCCAGGAAUCCUUGCCAAUCACAAAUGAGUCCCAAACUGCAAAGGAGCUUGUGAAACUGAUCGAAGUGGCUGAGAGUGGUUACCAGACUGCCAUCUGUGAGAAUUACAAUACCAUGUCUGAUACCACCUUCAAAGCCUUACGCAGGAGCUUGCCAGUAACCCGCACAAAAGUCGAUUGGAACAAGAUCAUGAGCUACAGGAUUGGUCAAGAAAUGCAAAGUGCUUAAAGCAACAUAAAAGAGGCUUAAUGUCAAUGUGCAGGAUAUAAAAAGUGCAAGGUGUGGUCUCACGAAAUUUGAGGACUGACUCUCCGGUUAACUUCUUUCUGCUCUGCCUUCUCCCACUUUUUCCUAAGCUCUCAGAAACUUUGACCAACCAUGUUGUGCAAUGGAACUAGAAUGUUACAAAUUACAGUGCAAUUGCCAUUUUAUAAGAUGUCAUUCAGUUAAUGUGUGUGUCUUUAGAAAAGGAAUUGGUCACUUGGCUGAAUGAACAGCCCAUGUGGUGAUCAUUUAUGAAGUGUAAGGAUAUUUUGAUGUAUUGGGUCAAAUUCUAAUUGUUCUUUUUUUUUGUCUCCCUUUGGGUUUGUAGUAACUCUUACGUUUAAAAUAUGGUUGCUUUCUGGAAGUGUAGCCAGCAGAACAGGUAAUAGCUUGAAAACAUGUAGUUGUCCUUAGCAGCUGAGUAAGAGAAUUUGAAGUCAUCAAGCUUUUUGAAAGGGUAGCUGGUGAUUCUCGGAGCUUUGCAGCUUUAGAAUUUCAAAUCAGGGUUCCUCCUGACUCUUGUAUUUUUUAUUGUUCUCCUUUUUUCCCCUUUUGUGAGGCCACACCUCAUGCCAUCACCAACCAGGCAGAAUGGUGCAGUGUUCAAGCACCUUUCUUUAAAAACUAAAUCCAGAAAUCAGCCGAGGUAACUCUGCUUAAAGGUACUGCUUGUCUGAAGAAAGCUUGAAGCAACAGCAUUCGGUGUUCUCUCUUCUGCUCCACUUCCUCACCUAAUCGCUUCAAAAUGUCUAUCAUGUGUCUUUAAUCAUUAUAUUGUGCAUUCAGGGGGUUCCAUUAUGUAAACCAGGUUGAUUAAUGCCUUCGAGGUCAAGCCUAUGCUUUUUCAGUAUAUUGGCUGACUUAGGUUGCAAACAGCAAGAAACUGGAAAAUUAGACUGGAAAGUUGCUCUGUUGAAGGGAGAUUAGAGAGGCAGAGGAGUGGAAACAUGGACAAUUCAAUAUACUGAUCUUCCUCUCACACUUGUUUUACCUCAUUUUUUUGAUAUACAAGUACUUAAACCAAUGCUGUAAAAGCACCAGCAGAGAGGGAUAGUAACUUGCUCUUUUAGGCAGAAAUGUUUCAAAAUGAUAACUGAAGGACCCAAAUACUGUUGAUCAGUUGAAGGAAGAAACAAUGGGAUGAUAAUUUUGAGGCAGCCAACAUCUGGAUCAGCCAUUCUGACCACCUGCCUUAGUCCAUUGUAACCUUCCACGUCUCAGUUAUAAGCUGCAACUAGUGAAAUACAACAUGCAAUGAAGCAAGUUCUGCUGCAUUCCUGAAAAGCUACUGUCAAAAGAAAGAGAGGCACGCCAGUACAGUUAUGACUGGUGAAGGAAGUGGAGAGUUUGAGAGCUUAUCCUCUGUUUGGACUGGCUGGUGCAAAGUUAAGUUCUUAAGAUCUUCCAUCCGUUGACCGCUUGCUGUUACCUUUUAUCAGUAAAUGGAUACCUGGAUGGAAAGGAUAGGUAAUGCGUAAAGAGGACGUGAGGAAGGUCACUGCAAAUUAAAUUGCGGUUAUUAGGUGUUCAUUUUUUUUACUGUAUUAACUUGCACAGAAACAAAUAUAAAGCAAAGUCAAUGGGACAUUUGGCAGUCUAGUAUUAUCCACACCAAUAUUUUUACAGAAUUCUAUGCUGUUAAGAUUUUUUUUAGAAAAAAGAAAAAAAUUACAUAACUCCCUUUCUCUUAAUCUCCAAAAAGGCUUUGCUUUUUAUCUUAAAAUAGAUUUUUUUGUACUGUAUUUUGCUUUUAUUAAAUCUACAAUGCAAAUUUUUUUAGUCGUACACUGCCAGUGGAAUUUCAAAAUUGAGGGAGGCAAGUGGUGUAUCACGUGUCAGAUGAAACAAUGGUGGUGAGCUUAAAGAUUAAUGGAUUUCCAGAAUGAAAUUGUAAUCAGCAAGAUUCUCUGCUUGACGGGUAACUGUGCAGUUGCAAAAAAAGUGGAGCAAUUUUUUAAUUGAUUUUGAAUCUAGUAAAAUUACUUACAUUUGU